UGUGCUGCUAUAUGACACGUUGAGGUUAGAUAGAAUAUUUUGAUUCUCGCUCCAAUUUUCCACUUUCAAAAAAGAAAAUCAUGCCCAAAAAGAAAUCGGGGCAACGAAAAAAGGCCGAAAAGCAAAAACUGAGGCAAAAAGGCAUCCGAGCAGCUCGAGAAAAUGUCCAGCUGGCGCAGCACCCUUGCAAUUCCACCAUGGAAUGCGAUAAAUGCCACAGAAAACAGAAAAGCAGAGCCUUUUGUUACUUCUGCCAGAGCGUGCAAAGGCUCCCAGUGUGCGCCCAAUGUGGCAAAGUAAAGUGCAUGUUAAAAACGGGAGAUUGUGUUGUUAAACAUGCAGGAGUAUUUACUACUGGCUUAAACAUGGUUGGCGCCAUAUGUGAUUUUUGUGAGGCAUGGGUGUGUCAUGGCAGAAAAUGUUUGCAGAGUCAUGCUUGCACUUGUCCAUUACAAGAUGCAGUUUGUUUAGAGUGUGAACGAGGAGUUUGGGACCAUGGAGGUAGAGUAUUUAAGUGCUCUUUUUGUGAUGGCUUUUUAUGCGAGGAUGACCAAUUUGAACACCAAGCCUCCUGUCAAGUCUUAGAGUCAGAAAACUACAAAUGUCAGUCUUGCAACAAAUUAGGCCAAUAUUCUUGUCUAAGAUGCAAGACAUGCUACUGUGAGGAUCAUGUUAAAAGAAAAGGCUUUAAGUAUGAAAAGAAUAAGCCUGUACCAUGUCCAAAGUGCAGUUAUGAGACUUCACAGACCAAGGAUCUAAGCAUGUCAACAAGGAGCCAUAAGUAUGGCAGACAAGGCCAGGCAACUUAUGACGACGAUGACGACUAUGACGCAGCAGGCGAUGACAGCUAUGGCAACGGAGCUGGUUUUAGCUAUGGAGGGUAUGGUGCUGCUGGUGGGUAUGGGGGAGGAGACUCCUCGGAAGAAGAAGAUGACGAGGACGAUGAUGAUGAUGAGGAGGAGGAGGACGAUUCUGAAGAUGAAGAAUCUGGCAGUGAGAGUGACGGUAGUGAGGAGGCGGAGCCUGAAAAGAAAAAUGAUGAUGGCAAGAAGAAAUGAAAUUGCGCAAGAUAGUUUUUAUAUUAUUUAAUCAAUCUAUGUAAUAUAAUAGAUCAUACCAAAUA